AUGAACGAUAAUCGACUGCUGUUGGCUUUGCUGACUCGGAUUUCUGACAAGUUGCCAGUGGCUUCGGGUCUGUCACUGUCGUUCCUAUCGUCGGAUCCCAUCUUCAUUCAAAACAUUUCUUGGGUAUAUGAGCUUGCUCCAUGGAAAAUUCAUGAUAUUAUCAAAGGUCUAAUUGGUACUCUAGACAAUAUCAUAAAAACCGAAGAUCAUGCGAUUGCAAGCCAAAACUCUCAACUGUCCUAUCUUGCUUCCCAAUCUCAGCUUAUUAUAUUGAAAAUUAUUGCCAACUGUCUUGCUCGUUCAUGGUCACUCCAUCGCCAAAAUACUGCAAAGAAAUCUCAACCUUCUUCUUCUGUCACAUCGAUUCCAAAUAUGAUUGCAUUGGGCCAUGAUAAAUUGAGAUACACUGAAAGCUCCCAGAGUACUGAAAUGCUCGAAUUUAAUCGAUCUCCAUUGCUUCGUAGCAAAUUGUCUGUUCGCAAUACUGGAAAUUCCAACGCGAAUCCUUCAUUUUCUCAGUUCUCUUCAAUGGGCAGCACAUCUCAUCUUGCAUCACCCCAGUAUUUGGAGGGGAAAUCAACUGUAGACAAUCUUGUUGAUCCUCCUCGUUUUGACGAGCCCACUGCUAUCCUACUACUUGACCAGGCUUUGAGGUUCUAUCAAACACCCAUGGCUAAUAUCAAUCUGGACACAUACUCUCAUUCGUCUGUGUCGGCUAAUUCACAAUUUAGCAACAUGGAGUCUUCAUUUGAAAAAUUUGGAAAUAUUUCUUCUCGGAUUGGUUUGUCGAGUUUUUUCAAAUCUCUUCCAUUGCGCAUGUCGGAUGAAGUUGUUAUUCAAUCUCUCCUAUCUCUCCAAUCUCUUGAUGCUGAAAGCAUCGAAUUUGAGCUAGAGCGUACUGCAGCUUUGGUCAUUUACUAUUUGUCUGCUUCAAACUGGGGAAUUAUUUUGGCAAGACUAAAAAGCAAAAUAUCGUCAUUUUAUUCAAAUCCGUCUGGUGCUGGUGGCAUGAUGUCUCAUAUGAGCGGAUCAAAAGGUGACACGGGGGAUAUCAAUUUGGCAGAUUUAAGGAUGCUGGAGUGCUGCAAUUUGGAUAUUAACCGACUAUCAACUGCGCUUGCUGAAAUCACGCCACAUUUAAAGAUUUUUCAUAAAAAGGCCAUGGCUGUUGCAGUGGUAGGUGUACGACGAGCUAUUUGGAAUUGGAUCGAGGCUUUUCCUAUUGAAUUUGCCAGUCUUUUACAAAGUCGGAAAAAUCUUGACGGACAUCCUGAAGUACUGUUUGAUUUCCUACACGUGAAUGCUGACUCGAGCAGAAAAAAGAAUCUUUAUUGGCCCACUCAAACUAUACUUCUUUUGCUUUCUGCCGAGGAUUUGUUUGCAUAUACCAACACUGGCUCGUCGGGUGCUUCUCUUGCAAAAAAAAUACAAUUUUUGGAAAGCCUAAAAAAGGCAGUCAAGUCGAGCAGAAGUUACGACACUGCUGUGUUAUGCUACACCGAUCUGUGCAAAGCAGCCACGUUUGCUAGUAAAUCCGAUGGUGCAUCCUUGCGUAUUCUUGUUGGAUCAUUUGAAACUGAGCUCAAGGAAAAACUGUUUGAUCCGCUACGCUCUAUUUCAUUGUCCGUAGAAGAUGGUGGCACAAUCGAUGAAGAUUUACUUGCAGAAUGUCUGACAUCCUUAUUCAAGCUCAAUCCGCUUAAUACUUUGCGAAGCGUAUACCCUGUGCUAGUUGAACCUGGCGUUCCGCCGCUAUACCGUAUAUUGUUUAUGAAGAGCUGUGCCAAUUUAGUUGCUGAUACUGCCCCGCUUCCAUGGAACCCUCCAAUCGAUGUUGCACUUGCUGACUACAUUCGUCAUUUGUUUUUGGAAUAUGUUGGACGAGAUAAACAUGGUGAUGUCAAAGCUUAUCGUCAGUUUCUCAAAGUCCAACGCGACCGCCGUAUGCGCAAGAUGCAGGCAGAGGAAACAGAGCGCUCUGAAAUUAUUUUAAACGCUUUACAAUGUUGGGGAGCCAGUCCCACGCUUGCUAUUGUUCGUGACACUUCAGUAAUUACCCCUGAUGAAUUGCUCACCAUGAUGCAAGCCAUUACUGCAUGUUUACUUGAUCCUAUGGAGGCUAUUCGAAAUGCUGCAUCUCAGGCUCUUCUCCGGCUUUUUGACCCGCAGUUUAUCAGUCAUUGGGAUGGAUGUCGACCUGACUGGAGAUUUGAUUCUGACACGCACGCACCUACUGAAUUGAGUAUGCGAAUUUUUUGGCGCACAAGUUCAGCUGUUAUGCUUUCUAUUGCUCGCCAACUUCUCGAUAUUCACGCACAAACAGAUAUUGACGUGGAUAUUGUGCUUGAAAUUGUUUCUCUUCUUUGCGAUUUGCUAUUUUCACGCAACCAGUUUUUGAAACUCAGACAAGACAGCAUAGCUUCAUCCUUUGGCUGCGCUAUUCAAGAACGAUUUGCUGCAAGUGUAUCCAUGGAGAUCUCACUACUGUUUUUGAUUUGCUCGCCUGAACAAGCCGUUUUUAGGGUUGCUACAGUCUGCUUCCAGCGGCUUGUGGAAGAAGCAGAAAUUACUGGCGAAGCAAAUGAUUUACUCACUCUUGGUGGUGCUGGUGAUACGGUGCCUUGGUUAAAUGCAAGUAUUGGAAAUCUUACAAACAAUACAGAAUCUGCGGCUGGUCCAAAAACAAGCAGUGCGUCUUUAUUGCCAGGAAAUGCAUUUUUUCAGCCAUCAGCGACUGCCACGGCUGUUGGAUUCAUGCCUGUAUUUCCCAUCGUUCUUAAUUUAGCAGUGUAUCGCGGUCUUUCAAACUUAUUUGAUGGCUCCCACUCAGAAAAAAAUAUUCUUAUUAUGGGUAACAAGGCUCAACAAAAAGCGCUGCGUAAGAUACUGCAGUUAACUGAAAGGCCCACACCAGGAAACCUUGGCGCUUGGGAGGAGGUAUAUCGUCGAUGGCAUAUUUUAUCCCAGAAUAUUCUUAAAAUGAAUAUACCCAUCAGUUCUCCCAUCAACACGGGUGGGCUUACUGGACCAGGUGAUAAACUGAUUUCAGCAAAACUCAACAUAGACGACGAAGAGGAAUCGGUCAAGAUUGGAAGGUAUGCCAGACUGAAGGGAUCCAUUCGUGUCGGAAAUGAGUACACAAGUACUGGUAUGCCUGGAUCAACUGGUACCAAUCAAGGUAUAAGAAGUGGUUCAGACCUGUUGUUUGGGAUUGGCGAGGACCAAGCUGAAUGGCACAAUUAUACUGGGUUUCUAUGCUCACUGGGAAAUGUCUGUCUUUUGGCAAGCCAGCAGGUUAUUUCAACUUCUGUAAAUCCUUCAAGCGGAGCAAACAUUCUUGGCAAUGGAGUCUCUAGCUUUGCUCCAGCUGCAUCUUCUCCUAGCAGCUCAUUACAGCCUUCUACCAACGCGCCAUCUAACCCACAGACAGUUGGGUUGGCUUCCCCAAGUACUUUUUCCGGUAGCCAUUCUGGUGGAUUGGAUAGAAUACUAACACUUAACAAGUCGCAAAUGAUUUCUGCUCAACCUGCUCGUGUGUCGAGUCUUCUUGGAUCUGCAGAGAAACCCAAAUUGAAUUCGGUGGUUUCAUCUGAUGACACACCAGUGCAACCAAACUCUUUGGCAUUUGGCAAUGCUUUUUCAGAUUCGAAUUCGGCCCAAGCAGAAUCUCUUGCUGCCAUCAACUGGGGAACGUCAGUCAACUCUCAACUCACAGUGUCAUACAGCCGUGCAAAGCAAACUGUUGAGCGGUUUGUGCGUGAACUUGUCGAGUUGAUGAUACACACAGGUCCAGUGAUUCGAGAUACUGUUCGCGAGUUGCUAGCCACAGAAGCAUCUGGCGGGCUUUAUGCAAUUUUAUUCAUGUAUUUUGAGCGAUCUUUGACAAGCAUUUUUUCUACUGGUGCACAGGACAUAUGCUCGGAGCGAAACGUUAUUCUUAUUGAAACAAUUGUAAUCAUUACGCGAUCAGUGCUAGAUCGAUCUGAAGAUCUCUACAGUGAAAACUCUGGAGCAGGUGAGACGGGCACUCUGUCUUCUGCUGUACAGUUAUCACUCUACUCCAUUGAUUUUGCUUGGAUCAUUAUCCACUUGGCAAAGUUUGUAAACCGUAUGGCAAUAGUACCCUCACAGGCUUUAUCUGCCACGCGUAUCAAGAUCCGUAUUUGCCAGCUGUUGGAGCAUCUUCAUCAACGUCGGGGCACUGUUGGCAUCAAACAGGAUGUGCUGUUUAGAAACCAUAUGGUGCAGGUACUUUUGGAAUGGAACUCUGAAUUUAGUAUCAAAACUAGUGAUCAAAGUCAGCACCAGCCAAUGCAGAUGGCUGAGGGUAUGAUGAAGAUCAAUGCAGAGCUGGAUGGCAUGACGAUAAUGGCCAUUGUGUCACUUUUGGAUGGUCUUCCAUUAGUUCCUGUCAACGAAUCCAACGGUGUUUUGAUUGAGACUGAUGAUGACGAGGAAAACAAUGCCAAAUCAAAACUGUUUUCAACCAAUCUGACAUUUUUCCUCAAGGUAUUGCAAACAUGUAAAGUUGUAGAGGGCAUAGAUUCGGUUCGGCAGCAGAUAUCACCAGAGCUUCGAAUUCUGAUCAACAAGUCCAAGGAAAGCGCACAGCAUUUGAGUCUUUUAAAGGAUAACACAAUUCUUGCCUUGUCAAAUUUAAUCUCUGCAAAUAUCAAGGCUGGACUAAAGUAUUCCUUGUCCAUUGCAUACUACGAUGAUACCAAGACACGCGCUGCUUUUAUGCACGUAUUGGCAAAUAUUCUUGAUGGAGGCAGUGUUUCUGGGCUACUUAAUGGCGAAUGGCAUGAUAACAAGUACACCAAACUGUUGGAAUUACUUACAGAUGACGAGUUGGCUAUUGUACUCACGCUCUGUGAUGUUACCUCGUCCAAUGACAUUGAUGAUAUUGCAACUGCUUUACUGGAUAUUUUUGAAAAGUUUGGCAAAGCUUCCAAGUUGAUAUCUACAGUGAUCGAGGACGAAAUUCAGCACACGGACGUUGCUGCCGGAAUUUUUCGAAGAAAUAGUAUUGCAACAAAAUUAUUGACGCUGUAUGCCCGUAAUGAAGCGCAAGACUUUUUGUAUGUUACUCUUAGGCCAAUUAUUCGUACUCUAUCAGAGAUGAACCCACCCUUGUCAUUUGAAAUUGAUCCAUCAAGAGUAGACCAAGGCGAAAAUCUCUCGACCAACAUGUCGAAUCUCCGAUCUGUCACUCAAGACUUUUUGACCAACAUCUUUGGCAAUGUAGCACAUUUUCCUGUCAAGCUGAGACUUAUUUGUGCCAAGGUAUCAGAAUCGGUUACAAGCAAAUUUCCAAGUGCUGGACUUUUGGGCGUAGGAGCUUUUGUGUUUUUGCGAUUUAUUUGUCCCGCUAUUGUUGCACCAGAAGCCCAUAAUCUUACACGCACACCUAUUCACCAAAAGGAACUGCGGCGUGGUUUGAUUCUUAUAACAAAAGUUGUGCAAAAUUUGGCCAAUUGUGUCUUGUUUGGCGCAAAGGAAGCUUUUAUGAUCAGUCUCAAUGGACUAUUAGAGACCAAUCAAGAUGCAGUUCGUGCAUUCUUGUCCGAGAUAUCUACAUCUGUAUCACCAGAUCGGUCCAUUGAUGAUCUUGCAAUUGCUGUUCAAACUGAAGAGCUUACUGCGCGUGCUGUUGUUCUUCACAGACAGCUGGAAAAUUACUACACCAAGAUGGAGCGAUCAGUCACCACAAGUGUUGUAGAGAGUCAGUCCAUUCCUAAUGUGAGCAAGUAUGGCACAUUUAGAGGAGGGAAGCAUUUUAGUCUUUCGGGAGUACUUGAAACAGAGUCUUGUGGAGAUGACAAUGGGUCUGUGGAUGAUUUGAACGGACCGCUGGCAAUUAAUACCAGGAUGUCAUCAUUGGAAAUACUAGCCCCGCAUACUAUUUCAGGUGUUGGCGGUAGUCCUAAUUUGAAAAAAGCUGCUCUGGAUCAGUUAUCGAUUAUUUUGGCACAACUAGGGCCUGCACCUCUGAUUUCAGAUACCAUUGUGUUCAAGGGAGCGACUGGGGGUCACUUGCGCAACGGAUCGAUUUCAGAAUCGGGUCAUUUGGAACUUAUGCCUAAAGAUGCAUCAACCAGGUCAAACACAAGCAAAGCAUUGCAAGAAUUCAUGCGCCGUCAAGCUGCACUUCCAACCAAGCCAUCCGUAGUAAAGUAUGUUAAAGAACAACGUGUAUUUUACGAGUCUGGUACAUCCAUUGAUGGGCGACCUGUGCUUUACUUUAUUGUUUGCAAAGUCCAACCUGAAUCGAUUGAUAUGAGCAUGCUCAUUCACGUUCUUAUUGAGCAAUGUGCAAACCUAAUCACAAAGCCUUUUGAUCUGCUUGUUGAUUUAUCAUUUGCUGGCCGAGAGCAUCAGUGGCAAUUGGAGACCUUGCAUACGCUUGAAAAGAUGUUCCCCAUAGAGGCUAGACAAAAUCUACACACAAUCUUUUUUUUGCAUGCCAACACUUACUUUAAGGUUAUGGCAAAGCACGCACCACGACUGUUGCAUAGUCGGAUGGCCAAACGAACUGUAUUUUGCUCGAGUAUCAAGGAUCUAUACGAGUUUAUUGCCAAGGAGAAACUGCAUCUUCCAAAAACUACUUUGAAUAUAUAUGACCAUGAGUUGACCACAUUCACGCAGACUCAGGUGCAUCUAUUCAAGGGAUCAUCGAUUGGAGUGACGUUGUCUAUUUCACAAAGUGUGUUGAUUUUGCUCAUGGCAAAAAAACAGGAGCUUAUGGGCUUGCAACCUCCUAUUGUUGAUAUUUUUCAUGUGUCGGAUAUUCGCGAUGUUGGCGUGUCUUGUACUGAUCCCAAGAAUAGCGAUACAGAGUUUUACGUCAAGUUUCACGAAAAGCACGGAACGGUCAAUACUAUGCAAACAGGAAAUGCCACAAUCAUUUACUUGUCUUCACCAAGAAGAGAUACGAUUUUGCAAGUAUUGAGGUCAGCUGUUGCUCGGUUCCAGCUGUCUAGACCACCCGUUAAUGCUGACGAACGGAAUGUGUCACCACGCGAUUUGCCUGGAACCUUGUUGAAUAUUGCUUUUUUGAAUCUGUGCAGUGAGGAGCCUGCUCUUCGUGUUGCUAGCUACGAUCUCCUCUGUGCGAUUGUAAAUGGAUUUGGGUUCAAUGCUGGUGUACACCUCCACAGCACCAAAGGGCUUGCGAUUCCGUUCAACUCGCAUCGAUUUGUACAGGACAUUAGUACGGCUCUUGCAAAAUCUGAAAUUGCAUUGACAUUCGAGUUUGUCGCUGAAGGACUUUUAGGAUAUUCACGUAUCAGUCGAGAACUUCAGAUGCAUAUGCUAAACUACAUUUUGCCCUGGUUACCUAAUUUAGUUGUAUACCUUACACCCACUGAUUCAAUUCAAAGCCCUGCUCAAGUGACAGAGUCCCGCAACAAAGUCAUUCAAGUCUUGACAUCGUUGAUCCAUCUUACAUUGAAGGAGCGAGAGAAUUUUUUAGCAAUCCAAACGUAUAUAUGGAGUGUUCUUGGACAACACGAGCUCUUGAUACCAUUUAUCAUUGAUCUGUUUAUUGACACGGCGAAGCAGUUACCAUUUGGCGCUAGUGAAACGGAAGUGUUGGCAAAUACCCUGAUCACUCUUGCGGCACGAAAUGGUCAUAUUGUUGCAGGAUUAAUUAUCAAAGCUCUUAGACAGGCUUUAACAUCUACCGCCAUCAAACCCCGUACCUCGAUUGUUGAUCAUACAGCAUGGCCUCUUGUGCAAGUUCUACUACGAUUUGUUCUUAUGCUGUCAUUUGAUGAUAAACUGUGUCUUCAACUGUAUAUUGCGGACCUGUUUCAUGCACUUACGUUGGUGGUUGGACUUGGGUCACCGAUUCUUCGCCGUACUAUUCAUGGAAUCAUUAUGAACACCUUGCAAAUUUUAUUAAGCAGCGCUGGACGAAGCGAAACGAGUAUCUCUGGAUUGCAUGUGGCCUUGGAUAAAUUCCACGAUCCUAAAUAUGCAAGAUUAUUUGGGUUAUCCACUCAGCAUAUUUCGUCUACUAUGCAGUCUAGCACAUCUUUUGGUCGUAUUCGACCAGAUCAAUUUCGUCAUUUCAUCACUCCUGCAUUUGUAUUCAACAGUGAAACAGUUCAAGGUGAACUCGUGCGUGACUUGGCUCUUCCUGACAUUGAUUUCUUUGUCAGCACCUUGAUUGAUAUUGUUUCCUAUGGAGCCUCAUCGGUGGAAGUCUGUGCCACAUGGAAAACCAGGUGGAUCUCACUUGCUGCACGAUCAGCCUUUGAAGACAAUUUUACGGCACAAACUCGUUCAUUCAUUAUGAUUGGAUCACUGGCAAAAGAAGGAUUUGAUAGUGAUUUACUAUAUCAAACACUAGUUGCUUUGCGGUCAGCUUUACUUCGGUUUGAGGACAACAAACCGCAUUUGGUGCAAAGUGUCGUCAUGUGUUUAUGCAAUUCGCUAUAUAGUGCGCCUGCUCACGAGCAUAUUAUUGUACCACUGUUUUGGCUAGGCAUUGGACUUGUUCAAGUUGGAUAUAUUCCAUUUUUCCAUAGCGGACUAGAUCUCUUGAAUGUAGUUUUGCGAUUAGUUGAAGAAAACCCCAAACUGCGAGGAACUACGCUCACCAAGAUGUUGCUUAAUGGUCGUGUGCUGAUUCAUGAAGAAGCUGUAAAACUCGAUCACGAAACACAGAUUUAUUUUGGCGAAUAUCUUUCCUUUUCAAUUGCCGGUACACUGCUCAAGGGUAUUUGCAAUCCAGCGCUUAAGCAACGUACAACUAAAGUUUUAAGCAUGCUGCUGCAAAUGUCAUCUGUUCAGUCGGAUACUAUACAUGCAUCCAAAUCCACCACUGGCGACCCAGCGUUUCCACCGUCCCAUGACGCCAAAGCAAACAACUUUGCAAAAGACUCCUUGGGAUACGUGAUUGCACUUUUACCCACCUCUGAACGACCGGAUGCGCUCUUGUCUUUGGCAGGUAUUACUAGAUAUGAAAACGAUGGCGACUCUCAAGGGGAAAUUGACGAUUCAGGCGGAUCUGAAGAAUUUCUAUCGGGUAUACAGCAACCUGUUUCAGCCUUUUCUGCAGUUGGUAAAGCAAAUGCUAUUGGAAAUGGCAGCGAUAAUCUUAUUUAUGGUGGACCGACUUGGCGUAAUCGACUGCUUAAAAUGGUACCGUUGGACGAUCCUACGGUGUCGGCACUCAUGCUUGGACUGUUGCAGGUCUUGCUUCAGGCAAGCGAGUUUGAACCCGAGAUGUUGCAGAUUUACCGGUUGCUUGCUGCUAUUGCAUGCCAAUCGCCCACGGUGUUUUAUCCAUUAUAUGUGCGCCUCAUUUCACGACUCUCCAACAUUAUGCUAACGACCAAGUCGCCACAACUAAGCUACCUUGUUCAUGCAAUUUUCCAAUCCAUGGCCACUCACUCUGGCCUUGAGCGCCAAGGACCCCAGUCGACCAACAUUGCUAUCCAGCCUAUUUCUUCUUCACAUUUUUCACUCAACCAAGCAGAGGAUUUGGGCGAUAUCAUUGGACGUAAUGGACUGACUGGACUGCUUACUGCACUUAGUCCUGAGCAGCAAUUGUCAAAGAUUACAAAAAUGCGACGUGUUAUGGCUUUAUGUGAAAUCAUCAAUUUGAUUGACAAGACUGCGUCGUUCUAAAUUUUGAAACUCACCUUUAUAUAGAUACUCCACCUUUCCCCUAUAGAUACUCUUUCCACCCCUCACUGUCAUUUUGUCUGAGAUUUACAAAUUCAACACUGAAUAUAUUGAAAAAUAUUGAAAUGG